AUGCCUUCUGAUCUACCAUAUGCCGCGGAUGCGGAGGUUUCUCUAAGCCGCGACGAGCUAAAUGUUCUGAGGACUCAGUAUGUCAAAGAAGAGCCAUUUGUCACUAUCCAAACAAAAUUCAACUACGCCUGGGGCCUUGUGAAGAGCAACAGGCGUGAAGAACAGGCUUUGGGAGUACGACUCCUGACGGAAAUAUUCCGCGACGCACCGGAACGACGAAGAGAGUGCUUGUAUUAUCUCGCUCUAGGGAACUUCAAGCUCGGUAAUCAUGUUGAGGCAAAGAGAUACAACGACCUACUACUUGAUCGCGAGCCGAAUAACAUGCAAGCACGAAGCCUGAACAAGCUCAUUGAUGAUAAAGUGGCAAAAGACGGUCUUGUCGGAUUGGCGAUCAUUGGUGGCGCUGUCGCAGUCGGUAGUGUUCUUGUUGGAUCGCUUCUUAGAGGUUCGGCGAGAAGGCGGUGA